ACAGGAAAGGUGAUAAUCCUAAAUCAAUAUUGGCAUGGUCAUUCGGAGAAUUCAUGUGUUUGAGACCAAUGCUUUUUAUUUGUUUGGCUUUGUUUCUAAAAACCUGGGAGGCAUUCUUGAUUUUGCUGCGUUUCGUUUUUUAAACCAGGACAUAUCGUAAACCUUUCGGUCCCCUUUGGACAUGGCAAUGCCUUAGGGAAGACCUCUGUGAGCUCCCGGGCUUAAGAGCUGCCUUGGGUGUAACAAUGGCUUACUGUAGCAGCAAGGAAAGAAUGUCACCAAAGGAGCUGCUACGGGGUGUGGCCAGGUGAGAGCAGCCAGCCCUCUCUACCUGCUCAGGUGGCUUAGCUUUUAAAGCAGCUCAAAAGUUAGCUCAGCAGACUAGCACCUGCUGGAGCUCUCUGUGUGCUGGGUGGUAGCUGAGCAAACUGGAAAUAUGUUUUGCUAGAGGGAGCAUUUGGAGACACGCCGGAGAAGGCAGCAGUCAGGAUGAAGAAAAAUCACUCUGUGCAGGGGACUAUUAGCAGGCUCUUUGGGAAAAAACAUGCCAGCAACAAUUCCACCACUUCCCUCUACGUCACCAACCCCCCAUGGAUCUUCACUCAGGAGGUCACCACUGACAACCUGGCGAGAACUGGUGAAGUGGACGGCAUUUAUUAUGGGGAUAAUCGCUUUGCUUCAAUGACAGAUUCUGGAACAGCAACCCUUAAGCCACGUCCAAGAGUCCGACCUUUGUUGACUUUCUUACCUCUUAAUGCUCAGGAGCCUCAUGGAGUGGCUGUGCCAACACCAUCAGUACCAGAAGGCUUUGAGGAAAAGCCAGCUCCAGCUUCUCAGAUCAAUGGCAAUUACAGAAAGUACAAUUCGGUUCUUGAUCUGAGGCCCAAGGCAUUUGAAGAGAAUUUCUUGGAUGAUGAAUACAUUCCACCACCACCACCUGUUCCUCCUCCACCUCCACCACCGAUGGUUGACCCACCACCACCUCCCAUGGAAGUUCCACCUCCACCUCCCAUGAAAGCUCCACCUCCACCUUCUGUGGAAACCCCACCCCCACCAAUGGUGCCUCCACCCCCACCACCUCUUCCAGGAAUGCCAGCGCCAUCUCCUUCACCCCUGGCUCCACCUUCAUUCUCAUAUUCCAAUUUGUCUUCCCCCAGUACUCCAUCCCCACCAGACUUCAUUCCUCCUACUCCUCCGCCUAUGGCUUUUAGGGAUGGCAAAGCCCCUCCUAGGCCUCCCAUUUCACCAGCACUUCACACCCCACCAUUCUCCAAUGGUGUGUCCAAAUGGAAAUCUGAGACUGUUCUGAACUUGAGGCAGCCCGAAACCAUUUACCCCAAUCCAAACCUUCCUUCUCCAAGCACUCCCACCCAUAAGGUGCCACUAUUGCCACAAUCCAGCCCAGAGCCUCACCUUACCUUUCCAAGGUCAUUAAAAGUACCUCCCCCGACUCCUGUGAGAACAUCCUCUAUAUCCUCGGCAGAAAAAGAAUCCAGUCCAAAAGAUGAGCAGCUCCCCAAGUUGACUCCUCAUAGCCGACCUGCCCUGCCAUCUAACUUUACUGUACGAAGUGCAGCCACGGUUCACCCUGAAGGAGAAGUUGCAGCGAAAGCCACUAUGGAAAAGCCUUCUGUGCUAACCACAGAGGCUGGAAGUUCAAAACGGACAUCAGAUUCUAAUGGCUCCUCUGCCUCCCUGCUGAAACAUGAGGCGCCACCAGGCAAAGAAACAGAUUCUUCGGACUGGGCAUCCUCUGAUGACGAAGACUGGAAGGAACGCAGCAACCUGGACAAGCUAAAGCAUGAAUUGUCUGCCCUGCUGUCCUCUUCAUGCAGAAAGGAAGACAGACCACUAGACAGAACUGUAUCUCCCAAGACUAAAGCCAACGUUACCAAUAGCAACCAAGUUGUUCCAGAUGAACCAAAACAAGCUGGGCCUGCUGUGACAAGCCCCAAAUCACCAGUGGUUAAAGAAAGCGAAAAGAAAGGAAUCAGGCUUGCUGAUACGCCUUCCAUGGGCAAAACCUCCCCCAGUGAUGCUUCCUCAACACUAGACAAUAAAUCCACCACUGCAAACAGUGUUUUGAAAUUCAAAGAUGAACUGGAAGCCUUGUUGUCACCAACCAAGGAUGGGGGGCCACCUUUGGCUUUUGCAAACCUAAAACAUAAUCCAGAACCAAAGAAGCAAGUUACUCUUCAGUUUGGUGGCAGCCAGACCAAUAGCGGCGAGCCCAGACUUCCAAAACCAACAGCAAGUCCGAAUACACCAAUGUCGGAAGUGACAGAGAAAGAGCCUAAGAUUCCUAGCACCUCUGCUGGUCGCUCGGCACCUGACAAAACUUGUAAACCUCCAGUCUCUCCUCUGAAACCAAAGAAUGAACUCUUGGUUCCAUCUGUGCCUUCACCAGCCUCUUCUGGCACGGCCUCACCUCUACUAACUGCAUCUCCUAACACGGAUUUCUCUCUUUUCCAAUACAAGAUGCAUAGGGCGAGGUUCGGUUCCAUUGACAGCCUGGGCUCUGCGAGUUCUUCCCAAAUGACAGAAGACGGAACCACCAGCACAAAUAAUAAUGAAAACCAGAGAGACUCAGCUGAGCGCAGGCCCUCAGAGACAUCCACAUCCUCUUGGAAGAGUGAGAAAAUGAAUAGUGAAGUUUUGGUUCACCCUGUUACAGGAGAAAAAGUAGAAAAGGGAUCCCCAAUGGCUCUCCUCUUGGCUGCACAACAGAGGGCCCAAAGAGGUAGGUCUUCUGCCUCUGCCUCCCGACAGAACAGCUAUUUGUCAGAGAGGCCCCAGUUCAAGUUAUCUGAGAAGUUGCACAGCAGCAGCAGCCAGUCAGAGACUGGAUCGCCCACUAUUUACUACAGUGACUCCAAGCCCAACUCUGUCACGAUUGUACCAAAGUCUCCUCAAAAGGAAUCACUUGCAGCCUCUGAAAACAAGCAGCGUAAUGGAGCAGGUAUACCUGAUAGCAGCACCUUGGGCUUGUCAGAGGGGCAGAGGGGCCAGAAGCCUCAGACAUUUUCCAGUGCCUCAGAACAAUGUGGGAAUGCACAGGUGGUCAAGGAGAUGAAUGUCUCCCAGAAUCUUCCCUCAUCAAACAGGCAUGGGACUUCCAUGUUAGUUCAAGGCCUCCUAAGUCACAGCAGGCAGGAAGCUCCCUUGCACUCUCUCACAGCACCCCAAAACCACGCCAAAGACAACAACGAUGAGGUGGAAGAGGGUUUUGAUUAUGAGAUCAUUCCCCCUCCACCUGAGUUCAGCAAUGAUGCCCAAGUGGUCCCAGACGAUUCUUCAAAAGGGGAGGAGAACCACAAAGCCCUUAAUAUCCCAGGUGGCAACCAGGCCUCAAAUAAGCAACUUAAUCCCAACCCUUCAAGCUAUAACUACAGUAACAGUUAUUCCCUGACAUCCAAAUCAAUUCUGGAAAACAGCACGAGGCCCAGUGGAUACAGCCACCAUUACCCAGGUGGGAGCUACUCCUUUAGCUACCUCAGUUCCUAUGACAACAGCCGUCCUCUGAUCAAGAAGCGCCUCUAUGUGACAGAGACGGACAGGUCGUAUAGCCGGCCCACCAUGUCUUCUCGCAGCAUGAGCACACCCACCUCCUCCUACGGCCACAGUACAAUGUCAUACAACUCUCAGGCUGCGGAAGGGAUGCGCCGGGCCAACUCCACUCACAGGAAUGGUCCAAGCAGCGCACAAGGGCGAAGGGUGUCCCUGGAAUUACCUGGGAAGAUGGUGACUUACAGUAAUGCUGCCGGUGAAGCCAUGUAUAAAGGCCAGAACGGAGAGUAUGCUACCAACACAGCAGCCGCCGGCAGAUCCUCUCACGGAAAUCAACAAUAUAGUGGAACUGCAAAUACAUUUACCGUCAGGCCUGGAGCACGACAACCCAUUUCUUAUUCGUACCAAGGAGGUCUUCGAUAAGGCCUGUAUGAGGAAGCUGUAUCACCUUGCACCAGCUUUGGCCAAGUUAUAGGCCUCGUCCUCUUUGCUUUGUUCUGGCUCUUCCUUUGAUAGCUGUAAAAUGAGGCACAAGAGCCUGACCUAGACUGAAAGUAGUCCAAGUGUCUGCUUGUAAAUAGACUGGUUGUAAGUUAUUAGGGACAAUGUAAGAAUGAGGGCUUCUGUGCAAAAUGGACAAGGGGGCAAGUUAUGCCACAUAGUCACUCAGCAACUUUUGCUUAAAGCAUUUAAGUAAUUACAUAGUCUUCCUAGUGACUAGUGCCAGCUUGGCCUGUAGAAGAUUAUAUCUAGACUAGCAGUUUAUGGAAGAAACUUUAAGCACCAUCUUCCUUCUUGAAUGUGCACCUGACACUUCAAAGCAGCAAAGAAAGGAUGGAUGCCUUCAUCCUAGCAGGAACAGAAGAGGAAUCUAGCUGCAGAAGAGCAGGAGACAAGAUUAAGAGAGGGAGUUAAAUGGCAGUGGCCCCAAUAGCUAUGUGGGGCCAAGAAUUGAGAUCUGAAGAGCCUAGUGGUUGGAAGAAGAUGGCAUAGUCGGAGGGAAGGGGAAGAAGGGUUUAGAGGGAUAAAGCAGAAGAAAGCAAAUAGAUGAGGGGUACUAGGGCUACUUACUUUUUCUGGUAGCUGUGGCUUUAACACAGGGAUGGAGAAUCUGUGGUCCUCUUGGUCAUGUUGGACUUCAGUUUCCAUCAUCUCUUACCAUUAUGGCCGAAGUUGAUGGGAGUUGGAAGUCAACAACCUCUGGAAGGCCAUUAUUUAUCUGACCCUGCUUUAAUAACUCCACAAAAAGAGAAAAUUAAGCAGCUAGCCUCCUCUCCCCACCAAUCACUGCAUCUCCAUGUCAGGAAAAGCCAAACUUACUGGAUUUCCAUUUGUCAUGCAAGUACAAAAGACACAGGAACCCUGAGAGAAGUCUGCUAGCCUAGGAGGUGUUGUCAGUCCCAGGUGUUAUUGAAUCUAUUGGAAAUAAUUGAGAUUGCACCUUCUUCAGACAAUUCUACAGGUCAAUUUUUAGACUAGACUAGGAAGUUUAGACUAGGAAGUAUGACUCACCUCUAGAGACAAGAAUGAGACUUCACAGCAUUCACUAAUACCCAUACAAUAUAAAUACAGAAUAUUAAGAGUAUUACUGUCGCUUUAAAAUGCAACUUGUUAAUUGAAUUUUGGGGAGAGGUUUUAAUUAAGAAACUGCACCAGGAUAAAAAGAGCCGAAAUGCCAUAUUUGCCAGGAUGCAGUCUGGAGAUCCUGUUUGUCUCCUUAAAAGAACACAGUCACCGUGACUCCUGAUCUGUGCCUCCAUUGGUCCUUUCACCUUUGCCUUGCCUACCAUGGUGGAAAACUAAUCACAGCAAGCAACAGGAUAUGGGCAGGAGGCAUAGCUGCCAAGUUUUCCCCUUUCUCGCGAGGAAGCCUAUUCAGCAUAAGGGAAUUUCCCUUAAAAAAAGGGAUAACUUGGCAGCUAUGGCAGGAGGACAGAAUGGGAAGCGUAAAGGCUGUAUCUUCUGCAGUCCUGGAAAAUUUUUAAGGAGAUUACACCCAUCUCCUUUGUAGGCUGAACAUCUUACAUACAAAGUGAUAAAAGAUGUCAAAGUGGGCACCAAACAGUUUAGUUUUAAGGUGUGUGUGUUUUAUCAUUAUGGCAUUAAAAACAUUAGGUGCUGGCACCUAUAAAAAUUAAAGCCAAGUUAUAUAUUGAUGUAUAUCAAGGAAGCAAUGCAGGUUUAAAGUUCUGCUCUGUAAAUGCGAGCCUUGCAGCCUGAUCCUUUGAGUAAGUUUUAUUGAGUCAAUGAGAUUUACUUCUAAAAAGCUAAGUAUGGGAUUGUAUUAAACCACCUUGGCUUGUUUGCCCACUUAUGAGAGCUGUUCAUUCUAUGUGUUGAAUUUGUUGGUCUGGUCUCUGUUUAAUGGCUGACAAGUGUUAUGUUUUUGCCAGUGAUAAACCUGGAUGGCUUAUUCCUAAAUUAGUCCCAUAGUUGACACAGCAGCAGCAGCGACUUUUAAGGCUGCAAAAAACAAAAAACGCCCCACCUUGCAAAAAAAAUUCUGUGGAUUUUACAAGAAAACUAUUACAUACCCAAUUAUUAUUAUUUAUUGAAUUUACAUCUCACCCUUCCUCUCGAAUAGCUUUUCACACUUGUAGAUAAUAUUGUAAACAUAAAAUGUGCAGGGUGGCUAACUUACGACUGUUGAAUUCUGUGGCUCUAUUCAAAGUCUGACUUAGCUGGAUACCACUCAUAUAAAUCUUGCUGGUUUGGCCUGAGAACAAACUCUCUUUCCUAUAAAGCCAUGUCUCAUUUAGUCUUGGCUCUGGUCCAUUUAUUUUGUUGUUGUUGUUUAUGACAUCCGUCUGUCUCAGGAGACAAUGGAAGCGUGCUCCUUUGGGGACGAAGUCAAACUGUUAGAGAGUUACAGCACCUGCUGUGGCUGUAGAAACCAAUGCAGGAGAGACAUGUUUUGUUUCAGCUGGGGCAGAUGAAUGAGUCCGGUUGUGCAGACACACCAUGGCAUUUCUUCUCUCUGAGCUCCUCCCAGUGGCCAUUCCUCCUCUGGUCACUUCAAUUUAUUUAGGUGGCUGGUAUUACUCUGUUCCCUAGGACUGCUUCAUACAUACAGCGGCCAAGUACCAAACAGGAAAGGGUUCCUGCACCCUUGAGUCCUGUAUUUUAGGGGAUUUUAGCUUGACAUGGCAUGGUGCUACAGUUGCCUUUUUCAUCCAUUACUGCCCUGCCCUUCCCCACCUCUGGCACUUGUUCUCUGCACAUGAACCCAUAGGCUUGAAUCCUAACAUAAAUUAGCUUAAAAUAUGUUAACAGAAGGAAAGUUUCCCAUCCUGUCCUUCCGCAUGAAGUGUCCUAUUCACUCACACACGCCUAAAUCCUCUCUGGAGGGUUGUUGGGGCCCUCCUGAAUAAUGUGGGAUUGAGUUGUGGGUGGGAAGGAGGGAAUGGGAAACUUUAUUUUCAUGAACUUCCUUAAGUUAACUUAUAUCAAGACCCGAUCCAUUAUGAUUAGAAGCUGCAAAGUUCUCUCCAUUAUACACACAAGUUACUCGAGUGUCUUCCAAACAUUAUAGCCCCCCCCCUCACACACACACAAUGUACAGCAGUGUUGGGGAAAUGUAACAUGCAACGGUCUCAAUGCCUUAUACUUGCAUGCAUUGUUUGCCUGUAUUGGAGAUUGCCUUUUCCAGACAUGCAAUGUUCUAAAUUAGUUGCUGCUAAGGGAAUAUCCAUACGAGAUGGGGGAACGGUGUGGGGUAAGCAAGCGACUUGUAUUCUCAGUCCUUAUCGAGGAUUUUUUAAUUCAUUUCAGAUUGCCAAUACUUGUAAAAUAUCACCGUACUUUUAAAAGUUAUAAAGCUGAAACAAGCUCAUGUAGUAGUUUGCCAUCAUAAGGCAAUGUAAAGACCUGUAAAAUAGAUGUAAAACAUGUAGAGAAUAAAUUGUAUUAUGGAAAAAUAAAGCACUUUGAGACAAG